AUGGCUUUCAAGUACGUCAUCCUCUUCGUGGCCGUCGCUGCUGUUCAAGGUGGCCUCAUCGGGCAUUCGGCUUUGAGGCUGGACACCCCAAUCAUCGCGACUGCUCCUGCAGCCCUCAAGUUCGAGAUUCCGCCUACUGCUAGAGUUGAACAUCUGGCGCCAGUCGUUACAACCUCAUACGGAUACGCUACCGCUCCACUGAAACACGAAGUAAUCGCAGCCGCCCCAGUCCUCCGAGUUGCCGAAGCACCCGCCGCCAUCCACGUCGCAACCCCAGCCGUCUCCCGCAUCGAGCACCUCGCACCUUCGGUCAUCUCCUCCCAUAAAACCGAAGUGAUCACCGCGCCCAAGGUCCACGUGACCCACACGCCCGCCGUCGCCAGAAUCGAGCAUUUCGCUCCAACCGUCAAGGCUGAAGUGCUCUCCGCCCCGGUCGUCCGAUCGGAGGUGAUCGCCGCCCACGCACCGAUCGCAAUCGCCCAUCCCGCCCUACGUACCGAACUCAUCUCCGCACCCGCCACCGUAGCCAAGAUCGAGCAUUUAUCGCCCGCCAUCCGUUCCGAAUUCGUCUCCUCGCCAUCGCUCGCCUUCGCUUCCACCCCACUCCUGAAAUCCCACCUCAUCGCCGAGCCAACAUUGAGAAUCGCCGAACCCCUUGCUCUUGAUCAUCAUUUGGCAUUGAAGCGGCUAGCGUACGGACUGUAA